AUGGAGAGAAGCUCAAAUAAAUCUGAUCCAAUGCUAUUUCUGCCACCCGCAUUCUUGAAUCUAAAUCUACACCCCACUUCUUGUGAACUGGUGCGGAAGAAAACUGCUGAUAGUAAAAAAAUUUCAUAUUCUAUUACAAUCACGGUGGAGCAGACUUUAAUGGAAACAAAUGUUGCAAUAAAUACACCUGGCUGCUAUCAAAACGUGAUUAACGAACAAGAAAAGGAAGUUAUAAAUAGAACUAAAAAAGAUGAGGAUAAAAUUAAGAAAUUGUAUUGUGACGGAGCUUGCUCGCGGAAGCAUUUCAGCAAUUGUUUGGUUACAUUUGUCGAUUGUAAACAUCAAUUGUGUAUAGAUUGUAUGGAAUUAGUUAGAAAUGUUGAUGGAUCGUUGACGUGCAGUUCAUAUGCAUGUGUACGUAAGACGAUGUUCAGCCAUCUAUCCAAUGACGAAGCUGCAAAAUCAUAUAAUCUUGUGAUUCGCACUAAAUUCAUUGAAACUCGGGCUGAGAAACGAAAAAGCAAUAUAUUAUCUGAUACAGAAUCAUACAUUUAUUGCUAUCGACAACCAAGUAUGGUGAAAUUGGUAGAUGUGUACAGCGGUUCUUCUAAGAGCCCUGUAAGCAUGUCUAGUGCUGCAGAAAAGAGCCCCUUUACCGUUUUAUUCAACACACAAUUGGACGGGAAUGAUGUUAUUCGUCUCUUCAUGAGCUUCCGGGCUCAAUCAGAUAAAACCCCGUUGCAAGUGUUAGAACAUGAAAAAGCUAGAUUGAAUAUUCUUCUUUUGACAAAAGAAUCUAACUGCUUUAAAAGAAUGAUGCUAUCUCAUGACACGACAGGAAGCAACUCCUUGAUUAAAGCACUGACCGAUUGUCUUGGCAGAUGGGCUAAUCUUAUUGAACAAGAGAACAGUUCAGUAUACUUCUGUGAUGGUAUGAGUAGUGCUUCUGUUCGUUUGAUCAAAACAGAUGAACUACGAGAGGCUCUUUUAUGCAAGUACAAAGGCAUAUCAGGGAAUCUGCACUAUGUGAUCGAUUCAGCUGCAUGUACUCGCUUCUGA